CCAUCACCUUUCGGGAUGAGGGAUGACGUAAACGAGGGCGCGUGAGAGGGAGAGACGAGGAGACAGCAGCUGCGGCGUUCACUUGCCGUCGGAUUUUCACCGCAUUGCGAAUUGAACUGAAGGGGGUGGGGGGGGGGGGGGGCGGGGAAAGACACAUAAAAGGCAAUUCGCGAUAUUUGAAGAUCUCCAAGGCGAGCGGCGCGGCGCCGGCAACAGCCUCCUCCCUCCCCGACAACAGAGCGGCACCUCCUAAAACUCGGCACUCGGGCAAACUCCUCGGACUCAAGCCCGUCCAUCGGUCCAAAAGAUGGUCGACCGCGAGCAGCUGGUGCAGAAAGCCAGGCUGGCCGAGCAGGCUGAGAGGUAUGACGACAUGGCGGCCGCCAUGAAAUCGGUGACGGAGCUGAACGAGGCGCUGUCCAACGAAGAGCGCAACCUGCUGUCGGUGGCCUACAAGAACGUGGUGGGCGCCCGGCGCUCGUCGUGGCGCGUCGUCUCCAGCGUCGAGCAGAAGACGUCGGGCGACGGCAACGACAAGAAGACGGAGAUGGUGGCGGCCUACCGCCAGAAGAUCGAGAAGGAGCUGGAGGCGGUGUGCCGCGACGUCCUGGACCUCCUGGACCGCUUCCUGGUCAAGAACUGCGGCGAGGAGCAGCACGAGAGCAAAGUCUUCUACCUGAAGAUGAAGGGCGACUACUACCGCUACCUGGCCGAGGUGGCCGGCGGCGAGAAGCGCGGCGCCGCCGUGGAGUCGUCGGAGAAGGCCUACGAGGAGGCGCAGCGGAUCGGCAAGGAGCGCAUGCAGCCCACCCACCCCAUCCGGCUGGGCCUGGCCCUCAACUACUCCGUCUUUUACUACGAGAUCCAGAACGCGCCGGAGCGGGCCUGCCACCUGGCCAAGACGGCCUUCGACGACGCCAUCGCCGAGCUGGACGCCCUCAACGAGGACUCCUACAAAGACUCCACGCUCAUCAUGCAGCUGCUGCGCGACAACUUGACUCUGUGGACCAGCGACCAGCAGGACGACGAGGCCGGCGAGGGCAACGACUGAAGGGGGGGGGGGGCAGUGGACUUUGGCAGCCGCUUUUUGCCCACCCCGCUCGCGCGGCAGCCAUUGUAUAUUUUUCCAUGUGAAGAACGAUUUGAGGAAGUUGGUCCCAAGCCGGAAUGUGGGAUGAAAGCAACUCGUGAAGACGAGCGAGUGCUUCAAAUGGAGAUCAAUUCACAAACUUCCUGAAUGACUCCAAACUAGCCGAUUAUUUUAGUGAUCGCGCGCGGCAGUCUGCUCCAGGAAGUGGAAACAAAUGGCUUUCCCUUUGUGCUAGCAUAGCGCCGCGUGCCAGGAAUGAUGCCAAACGCCGUUGCCGUCUGUCUUUUUCAGUCUUGGUCGGUCGCCCCGGCUCCGAAAAGUCAACAACCGACCAAUGACCUGGCCCAAAUUUGCUACAAAAUAAUAUCAAGUGUGACACAAAUAACUAAAUAGCACACGCCAGUCAA